AUUUAUUAUUACUUUAUCACUAUUUUUCUAUAAUCAAAUCAGCAUACCCGUUACAGACAUAAUAUGAGCGAAUUAACGAACUCGUGAAAACAUGCGUUCACGUGUUAUCAUCAAACAAUCACGUGUAAGAAUGUGAUCAAUCAGUUAACGAUUCUGCCGACAGUAAAUAUUGCCGACAAUUAUAUCCGACGUGAGAAAUACCAUCCAUUACAUGCUCUGAUACCGUCAUCACAUUGCCCUUUGUAGUCACCGAUCUAUUUGAUAAUUAGAUAAUAAUGUGUUUAGAGUGUUACUUUUAACACUGAUUACACGAUAAAGAAAUAAAGUAUAUAAGAACAAAAUAAAUAAAUACAAAGCCAUACUGUUAUUUUGGAACAAGCAUUCAUGUCAGGACUUAUCUAAUAUACUAAAACAACUUCAUUUAUACAUUUACAUACAACUUUAUUCUUUACCUUGUGCUUCUCGUGAUUGGAUUUAGUUCAGGAUAAAACACCUUUAAAGAUUAUAGAAAAAUGGCCUACCUGGUGAGCUUUGCUUUGGUACUUUUGGCUGUCAUGACGACAGGGACAUUUGGAGUACACAUCCAUAUAGAUUACCGGAACUUUGAAGCGUUGACAUGUUACACGUGCCCAAUGAAGAAGGAUAACGAACAAUGCAACAAUUGGGCGCCUAACAUACCAUGUCCAUUCAGACACACGGUAUGCAAGACUGUGCAUCAUAUAAAUGAAAGAACGGGCAAAAGUAUACAAGUUGACAAAAUGUGCGCCAUGCCAGAGCAAUGCAGCAAUGAUCACGUAGGUUGCAAGGCUACGGGUUUAGAAGGAGAAAUCGAAUGUAUCUCGUGCUGCACAGUAUCUUACUGCAAUGUCGCCGUACCAUACAACGUCACCACGUCACAGACACUGUCCGCUUCAUUGAUUGGUUCAACUGCAAGUCACGUGACAAAAGUGGGCUGGCUUAAUAUUACAGUUACGUUUGCCUUCUUGAUAAUUCUAAGAAUUGUAUGAAGUUUAAAAUACAAGUUGUCAGAAAAAAGUGCUACAAAAUCGUUUCACAGGUGACGAGAGUCAUUUUUUGUUUACAUUGAACAAAAAGUUAUUAGCCAAAUUGGACGUAUGUUCAGACCAGACUGGGACAGAUUGUUUUUUUGUUCCAGGUUAAGAAUUGACUGGUUUAAAGCCUAGUGCUACUUGAGUUUAAGACAUUUAUAGGUUUUUUUUAUAAAUGAUAUUAUUAGAAUAGUUUGCAUGUAUAGAUGUUUGCAAAAUAUAUUUAUGCAAAACGUUAAAUGAGAGCAUAAAAGACCCACUUAUAGAAACUGUUUCAUGAUCACAAGACAGCUGAACGGAUAUGCAUAAUGUAUAUUAUACGUGGAGAGACUUUUUUAGAUAAUGCCAUUUGGA